AUGAAGCUCAGUUCAUCAUUGCCACUUUCAUCAUCGUCAACAACAUCACCACCUUCCAGUCCUUUUAAAAAAUCUGAUCCAUCAUCAUCACCCACUACCAGUAGUAGAUUUUCUUAUUCCUUUUUACAUAAACAAUGUGUAAAAAGACUAAAGGCUAGUUUUACACCACUUCGUAGAAAUAGUCAACAAAAAGUAGAAAUCAAUGACAAAGAAAAUCUUAACACAAUCAAUAAUAAUCAUUCUGAAAACACGAGAAAUUAA